CAUGAGAGGGAGGUGAGUUGUGCUUCGUUUUUAUGAUGGUAAAAUAGUUACAGUAAUGUUUCUGUUUAUCACAACAUACUCUAUAAACGUAUUUAACACGUUAAGUGUGAAGUCAGAAAUGUUUAUGUGUAACUGAGCUACAAAUGAAGUUUAAUGUAAACUAGUUUGUUAUGAACUGUGAACUUUACAGAAAUGAGUUUCUUACAUGUAAACGCAGACAAGUUCAUGUUUCACUGUCUCUAAUCAGUAGAUAGAUAUUUUUUUACCUCGACAUGUUUCGACCUGCGUCUGCAGUCUUCCUCAGAAACAUCCUAACACACUGAAAUACUGCAGGUAAUCUACUAAAAUGUAAAGCUGAUUGAUUGUAUUGAAUUAAACAGAGAAAAACUAUGGAAUGAAUAUAUUGAUAGAUAAUGGAAUUGAAUGAAAAACCAGACAAAAGGGAGUUUAUUGAGUGCAUAAACCAGAAAGUAGUCUGGUAGUCCUUUUUCACCACUUCUGCAGUUUGCUACGCUUAAAAAAAUAUGUGACUUGUGGGACGCUGAGCCACCUUCCUCAUCGUGCGCUCGAGGCGCAGUAGAUAGAUACUUUAUUCAUUUCCAGGAGAAACUCACAGUUCCAGCAGCUUGAAGGGUGGAAACAUAAAGACCUACAAGUUACAGUAAAAAUGCAAAAGAAUUUAUAAUAAAAAAGACGGGCAUGAGCAUAACGUCUCUAUGCUAAAGUUCUGCUCUAAAUGAUCUAAAGCUCAGCAGUAUUCUGCUGCUGAACUUUUAAAACGUCUGCACCACAUCUGCACUCCACAGCCACCACCUGGUCUUGACAUCCACCCAAUAUGAUUUGACCAGUGAAGGAUUCAAAGUGUAGUUUUUAAGGCUAAAACUGUUUUUUAUUUGCAUCUCCAGAAUGAAAAAAAUGAAGAACAAUAAGAACGGCUCUACGUUGCCUUCCUCUUGCUUAGUGGAUUUCUUGCAGUAAACUGCAGCUUGUGUCUUUAUGUGGUAUAACUGCAGCUCAGUUUAUUUCUGUUUCUUUUUACAGGGGAACGAGAUGAACCACAUCCUGCAGCACAUAAUCCUCAACUUAUGAAUUUAAGGAUGAUGUGGCAGAAAUCUCAGAGGGAGAAGAUGAUCUGCAGGAUGCUGCUGCUCCUCAUCCUAACCUUGUGUGUCUGUGCAGCAACAUUUGUAGUGAAUGUGACACAGAGCUCCUAUCAGGCAGAGGAGAACCACAACAUCACUCUGGAGUGGACCUUCACCACCAAACCUGACGUCUCCUGGAGGUUCCUGUUUAUCCUCUGUAGCCUGAUAACUGAUCUCAGAGUCUUCACACUGUAUCAUGUCCAUGAAGGAGUUGAGGUACCAGAGUCUCAGGAUGGACAGUUUGCAGGACGAGUCCAGAGUGACAAAGACGUCCUCAGAGAAGGACGAAUCAGACUUCAUGUGUCCAGACUCAGAACUAAUGAUUCUGGUCUGUAUGUGUGUGAUGUGAAGACAGAUUACGGCUUCAACUCUGAAAAAUGUCAAUUGAACGUUACCGCUGUGGAAAAUCAGCCUGAACAACAAAGAAACCCUGAGAGAAAAAGCCCCUCACAGCAAGGAAACAUUCUCCACUACGUAGAACUGGUGCUGAUAGCUGCUCUGUUGUUGUUUGGAGUUUUUUUCGCAUUGAAUGUAUGCAGAACCUUUCUUGUUUCCUAGUGUCUAAUUUCAGCUUUGCUAUAAUUAGUGCUGAGAAAAAAAUGGUCCUGAAUCUUUAAAUUUAUGAGUCUGACUAAAGAACUCAGAUCAAUUAAUCUACCUUCUCCCUUUAGGAAAUAUAUUAAUAUUUAUAAAGGACACUUUGACAAACUUUGUACCUGAAAGAUUUAUUGUGUUCACUUUACUUUCAUAAUGCUGGCAAUAAUGCUGAAACAUGUUAACAUGUAACUGACCUGUGCAAUGUCUCCUCUUUUUAAUAUUUGUAGUUAUGUUCAUUUUAUGUUCAUACAUAUGUACAUACAUUAUGUACAGACAUACAUGCUGUACCUGAGGACGUUCUGGUGACGUUCAGAAGUGAUGCUUUUCUACAGAAGCUCGAUUGAUUUAGUUUUGUUAAUUAGCAAGACUACUAGAGAUAAUUAGUCUCUGCUGCCAUUGCACUUUUGAAUGAGCUGAAUAAGUAACUCUAUUUUUCUGUUUUUAUUUUAUUUUAUAUUUUUUAUCUAUAUGUCAUAUUGCUUUUAGAUGUAAAUGGCAGUUUGUGAGAUUAUCCAGUGACAAUGAGUGGAACUCACAAAAUUAUUACACAGCAAUGCAAUAAGCAAUGCUUAUUGUUUUAAAAAGCAACUGAAAAUAUGCUAUAAAAAAGUCAGAUGUAAAUUGUAUAAUGUGCUAGUGUAUUUUUGUAUGAUAGUGUAUAAGAUAAGUAUGACUACACUGUAAAUUAAAUUAUAAACUAUGUUAAUGUAUGGGCAUUAAUAUUGAAUUACUCAAAAAAGUAAGAUGAUCAGAAUUUUACAAAUAUUUCAUUUGUAAUCUGUGAAAAAUGUGAAUUGUUUACUUUUUGUACUGUAAACUGAUCCCAGGAACUGAUCUCAGGAUAGCUGAUGCAGCAUGCUGCUGACCCUAAUGGGGAUUUCAAUAAACAGAAACAUAAACUGACACUGUUUGCUGUACAACAAAUUACCCUCACGGGAUAAUAAAGAUUCCUUGAUCCUUAA